AUGUCCAUAAAUGAAGCAUCUCAGAAUAAAGGUCAGGAACUUCGAAAAGUAGGCGGCCGUCCCACAAUUGUCGUUCCUGAGGGAUCACCCUCCAGGAAUAGCGAUGCUGCCUCUUUUACUAUAGAAGGAGACACCUCUCUUAAUGAUGAUCUUUUAAGUAUGUCCGGCAGUGUGACACCAAGAGCGAGAAGAUCUUCCAGAAUGAGUCUAGAUUCAAUAACGCCGCGAAGAAGCUUUGACUCGAGGACCAUAUCUGUUGCAAAUAGUAGAUCAUUUGGAUUUGAGAAUGAAACACACAGUGGAUCCAUGGAUUUUUCACCAUUGGGGAAUAAUUCUGUUUAUGAAAUCGUGAUGAAUACAAGAAGAAAGAACUGGCUCAAUUAUCCCACUAUUGCAGAUAUUCCGCCCGUCAGCCUGAGCAAAAAUGACCUUGAUGAUCACUGGAAAACCCACGUGAGGGACUACGUCGAAAACAUCAAAGGUGAAUAUCAAAUAUUUCAAAGCACAAAUAACAUAAGAAACAUGAAUCAAAUGGAGCAAUUGAAAGAACUUCGCGAGGAAGACAACAAAAAUAAGGAGCCAUUUGAAGAAACCCUCAGACAAGGCGAUUCCGAUUUAAUAAGUAAUAUACCCAGCUUUUAUUUCUCAGAUAGAUUCCAAUUAGAUAACCCUCGAACGUUCCAUAAAGUUUUAGACGCAAUCGACUUGUUUUUAACGAAGUUAGAUAUGAAGAAACAAACGCAAAGAGAAGAGGCAUUUUUUGAAUUAAGGGACAAAUUAAAUGAUUACUUGGAUAUCGUAGAAACAUUGUUGGUUACAGAAAUAUCCAAGUCAUCGCAUAAAUUUUUUCAUGCACUAAGUGAAGUUGAUAAUAUCCAGAAAAGAGCUUAUGAUACAAUAAGUGAGCUGAAGGAUUUGACACAAAACAUCAGGACCAUUGACGAAGAGAAUAUCCAAAAGAAAAUACUGCAUCUAGAAAUGAUCUUCAAAAGAAAAAAUGUGGAGAAACUGGAACAAGGACUAUUGCAAGCGAAACUAGUGUUAAGUAAAACGGAUGAGUGUAAAGAGUUGUAUAAGGAAGACAAAUUUGAUAGUUGUUUGGAAUUGAUAAAGUCUAUCGAUCAUCUAAUCAAGGGAGACGAUACAAAUAACGAGGAUGUUCAAAUCUGGACCCGCUCAUGGCCUUAUAAACUAACUAAUUUGAAAAUGAUACCUGCCCUAUCAGUAACAAGAGAGUUUUUAACGAAUAUGAAGAUUGAAAUAGGAGGGAAGUUCAGUCUACAAUUAUCAAACUUGCUUAUAGACGAUCUGAAGUCUUUCUGUGAAGCAAUUAAGCCUAAAGAAACAUUGUAUAGGAUACAAAAUGGAUCUAAUGAUAGAAAACAAACCGUAUUCACUGAUAAAUUUUCCGCAGAGAUAGAUGAAUUAAUAGUCAAGCUUAAUAGAUGUGAAGAACUAACCAGUGCCUUCGACUUAUAUAGAGAAAGAUCUAUUGCGGAGCUCAAGACUGUUAUAAAAAUUUAUCUACCAAUGGAAAAUGCAUACUCGGCCGAUAAAGAUGUCAAUAUCAACGACGAAAAACAAUAUAACAAUGGCUCCACGAGCGGAUCCAAACUCUCACGGUUAAUAAAGGAACAAACACCGGCCGAGUUUCAAUCCAUGCUUGUAAAUAUAUUCACACAUGCUUUAGAGGCUCUUCGAAGACUUUACGGACAUCAAAAGUUGCUCCUAGAUAUUUCUCUUAACGAGCUAGCAUCUGUGAAGAGCCCAAAUGAAAACCAGCAUAAUAUGAUCACGCAGUUGGAUAUACGCACUAGUAUCAACGAAAUAAUCAGAAUUAUUCAGCUGCGGACAGGUAAAAUCAUUGCCGUAAGAAGAGAAUUGAAUUUGUCGUUACGCUAUGACUAUUUCUUGAAGUUUUACGCUAUAUGUGUUCUUUUUAUUCAAGAAUGUGAAAUAUUAAGCGGUGAAUUUUUGACGAAAUAUCUAAGUAAUGUUUUAGCGUCUCAGAUCAAGCAUUAUGCAAAUGCACAAAGCUCGAAAAAUUACCGCAAUAUAAAAAAAAAGAUUGACGUCGAAAAAUGGGUUCCAUAUAUCGUUGAUUCGUCCAUCCAGAGCGAUGUUAACGAUAUUAUAUCCAGUAUAGACAUAGACCCAUUGAGAUGGACAGCUAUUUUGGACAUGACACAAGGUUUCCACACUUCCAAGAAUUUAGACGGAAAUGAAGACAAAAGGAAAGAUGAAGUGGAUGAGGCAUCCCAAGGUCACAGAAAGUCAAUUGUUGUUGGCGAUAAAACAUUUGUGGCAAGUAGUUCUCUACUCACUGCCAUUGAAACCAUAAAAGAGUUGAUGGUCCUUUCCACAAAUCUCCCCUCCAUAUAUUUACCGAAUUUCGAGAAGCUGUGUUACGACGUUCUACAAUACUAUAAUAGCAGCGCUAUGGCUUCCGUCACGCAGCUUGGCAAUUCACUUUUAAAAACGGGCAAAAACUUGUCUAUCAUGGGAGAGUCAUUGGACUGUCUUGCUGAAUUUGUAAUUAUAGUGCAAAGAUUCUAUCAGAGACUUUCCAACUCUAGCAAGGACUUUGAGCCAUUUGGUCCGAGCCAUUAUACAAGCUUGUUGGAUCAAUACCAGGCUUCAUCAAAUAAAAUAUACAUGGCCAAUGCCCCUCCACCACCUGUGUGA